UUACGAGCUUGACAGUGUUUAUAAAAUGCGGCGUGAAUAACACAUUUCUAGGACUCUAGCAGGCCACUAGGAAAUGCUGCUUGAUCACACUGUAUUCACAGUAGAAUGUAGCAUUCUUGAUGUUAGCAAUAUUUGAAUUUUUUUCACGAGAUCGUCCGUAAAAGGCUACAUAUAGUAAAAUGGGUCAACAAGUUGCCAUUAAAAUACGAUCGAAGCUUCAAGCGAUUUUCUUCAAGUUGGGACGUUUUUCUCGGCGAAACUGUUGGGCAGUUCUUGCUGCGGGUUUCUUCGUUCUGAUCGGACUUUCUGUCGGGAUCAUAACAGCAACAAUCGAAACAGAUGUGGAAAAAUUGUGGAUGGAAGUUGAUGGACGACUAGAGAAAGAAUUACAAUACACAAAGGAUUCACUCGGAGAAGGCAGUGGAACAACUAAUGAACUAUUAAUCCACGCUGCCAAUGAUGAUUAUGUUAAUAAUAAUGAUCAAGAAAGCAACAUCUUGUCGAUAGAUUCAUUACAGCGGCAUUUGAAGGCAGUGCAGGCUGCUAUUGAUGUCAAGGUGGACAUUUUUGGCAAGACCUGGACGCAUAAUGACCUGUGUUAUGUUCCAGAGGUACCGAAGUUCAAUAUCUCACUAGUGGAUGGGAUUGUCUCAGCCAUUAUCCCAUGUCUCAUAAUAUCUCCUUUGGAUUGUUUCUGGGAUGGCGCGAAAGUUCUUAAACUAAGAGCUCCUCUACCAGACGAAGCUAAAAUCUUUCCCUUGGAAUGGACAAAGAGCGAUCCCGCUUUUCUUCUGGGUCUGUUGGAUGCAUUUCAAAUUGAAGGCAGACAGGAAAUCAAGGAUUUGUUUUUCAAGGCUGGUAUAAUCAAAGGUUAUCAAGAGAAACCGUGUCUUGAUCCGUCAGAGCAGGACUGUCCGACAACAGCGCCGAACAAGAAAACAGGAAAGGUGCCAAAUGUAAAGGAAGAGCUGACUGGAGGGUGCAGAGGAUUCGCUACAGAAUUCAUGCAAUGGGCAGAAGAGCUGGUAGUCGGAGGAACGGAGAAGAGCAAUAACACGUUGAAAAGUGCAAAAGCCUUGCAGACAAUUCUAGUUUUAACCGGUCCGCAAGGUUUGUACAAGCGAUGGGCUGAUAAAUCCCAAGAUUUGAAUGUCGAGUGGAACAUGGAUGCAGCCAAACAAGUUUUAGAGGCAUGGCAAAGGAGCUUCACAGAGGAAAUCAACAAAGAUGUCACAGACACAGAAGAGUUCAAUGUCUUGGCUUUCGACUCAGCCUCUGUCACGGACUUACUGCAAGAGUUUUCACAGACAAGCGUGACAAGGAUUGCUAUUGGUUACAUCCUUAUGCUCGUCUACGCAUGCCUUACCCUGAAGCGCUGGUGUGAUCCAAUCAAUUCCCAUGGUGCUCUGGGGUUUGCUGGAGUUCUACUUGUGACUCUCUCGGUGGCUGCCGGGCUAGGUUUCAGUGCGCUUUGCGGCAUCACAUUUAACGCAGCUUCAACACAGGUUUUACCAUUCCUCGCUCUGGGCCUGGGCGUAGAUGAUAUGUUUCUGCUCGCACACUCAUAUUCAUCCUUAACACAAAGAGCAGACACUCGCCAUUUGGAGGAGCCUGUAGGUUACUGUGUGGGGACCACUGGGGUCAGUGUGUUCCUUACGUCAUUCAACAACAUGCUGGCGUUCUUUAUGGCUGCGCUGAUUCCGAUUCCAGCUCUGAGAUAUUUUGCUAUACAGGCUGCUGUCGUUGUUAUCUUCAAUUUCAUCGGUGUUAUCAUCAUCUUUCCUGCCAUGAUUGCAAUCGACGUGAGAAGAAGACAAGAUCAAAGAUACGACAUAAUCUGCUGUGUUAAAGGAUCAACACAAACAGAAGGCACCGUGUUACCAACAGCGCACGGACAAAAGGUUCCACCCAAAAACGGCCUCUCGAACAGUCACGCGCCGCCACAAACUAACAACACCGUCGUGAUGAACAAGUCUGACUCGUCCAUCGCUGAAGUGCUGGUCAACGAGUACGCUAGUAACGUGGAUAAACAGUCAAAGACAUCAUAUGGCAGUGAAGCCAGCGUGACGAGAAAUCAUGUUGGCUCUAAUGCCUCGACUGCACCGGGGAAUGGAACUGAUUCUUCAAUGAAUUUUAAUGGUAACGGAUCUUGUCCGGCGAUGUGUGCUCCUUUGUCCCUUCAGCAUUUUGCCACGGUUUACUAUGGGCCGUUUCUGCAGAAAACUCCAGUAAAGGUUGUUGUGAUAAUUUUCUUCCUUAGUCUCCUUGCCGUUGGAAUUUACGGCGCGCUGCAAGUUGAAGACGGUCUGGAGCUCACAGAUGUUGUACCAAGCGAAAGCGUGGCACACAGAUUUGUCGACGCUCAAUUCAAGUAUUUUUCCUUUUAUCCAUUGGCGCUUGUUACACAAGAGGGAUUUGACUACGCUUAUCAGCAAGAAAAGUUAUUAUCCUACCAUGAAGACUUUAAACAGAUUCCAAAUAUAAUCAGAAUUCCUGACUCAGAAGAAAUUCCUGAAUUUUGGUUGAUGUACUUUCGAGAAUGGCUAAAUGAUGCUCAAACAUCAUUUAAUCAGGACUGGGCAAAGAAAUAUAUUACAUAUUCCGGCUGGAAUGAUAGCGCAUCAAGCACUGGUGUUAUCGCCUACAAAUUACUCUCUCAGAAUGACAGCUCUGACAAGAUUGACAGAUCAAGGGCUCGAAGCUAUAAACUGGUCAACGAUGCUGGAAUCAUUCGUCCUGAAAUAUUUUACAAAGCUCUCACAAUUUGGAUUGACAGGGACGUGCUGGGAUAUGCGUUUUCACAAUCAGAUAUCAAACCAGAGACGGUCGAUUGGACAAACAUCAGAAGCGAACAAGAUGACGAAGCAAUGAAAGUGCCUGCUGCCAAACCAAUCACAUUUGCGAAGAUCAACUUCAACGUCAUUGGCCUUAAGGAAACCAAGGAUUUUGUGACGCUGAUUAAAGACGUUAGAGAGAUCUGUGACAAGUACUCAGACGAUGGAUUACCAAACUACCCUAGUGGUGUACCCUUCACGUUUUGGGAACAGUACAUCUGGCUUGGAAGGCGAAUAUUGAUUGCGAUUUCUAUUUCAUUGGCGGUUAGCUUCGUUGUAAUGGCGGCCAUGUUGUUCAAUCCCUGGGCAGCUUCUGUUAUUGUUCUUGUCCUGAUAAUGAUCACUGUGGAAGUGUAUGGCUUUAUGGGUCUGGCUGGUAUAAAACUUAGUGCCGUACCUGCAGUUACACUCAUUCUGUCUGUUGGAGUCGGUGUGGAGUUUACUGUACACAUGUGCAUGGCGUUUUUACACGCCCCUGGAGACAGGAACCAAAGAAUGCAGAGGGCUAUUGAACAAGUGUUUGUACCCAUUGUGGAUGGCGCCAUUUCCACGUUUCUUGGUGUUGUAAUGCUGGCAGGAUCCGAAUUUCAAUUUAUAGUCAGAUACUUUUUUAACCUCCUUGUGGCGUUAAUUCUGAUUGGUACAUUGAAUGGCGUUGUGUUUCUACCUAUUGUUCUCUCUUUAGCCGGACCAGGAGCAGCGGCAACAGAAAUCCCAAAACUGAGCAGCCCCUCGAAUUCACACGCCAUUCAAAACCCCUCCUCCGCUGAGUCAGCAAUUAACGUUCUGGAACUAGAGGAAAACCAAUUAAGUACUGUCAAGAAGGUAGACGAGAAACCAAAUGAUAAUAAUGGGUCCGUUCUAGAAAGGACCUAUCAGAACAUUAAACAUGGGGCACAAGUGGAACCAUCCGAUAAAGAGCCAAGGAGCGCGAGCGUGACGACGGGCGAAGGGCCAAACCCGAGAGAAUAUGAUAUUAAACUUUGACGUGAUGAAGGUCACUUGGUAUUUAAUAAUCAUCGUAUUAACCCUUCGUAUACACUAAGAACUGACUAGAAAAAGGAGCUGCCCAUACGGGAUACGGGAAAUUGAGGUGAAAAAUUAAUGGAAUACAUGGAUAAUGAGGAGGGGGGGGGGGGGAUUAAUGGGGAAAGGGAUAUUUAGAACAGAUGUCCCGGAAAAUCGAGAAGGAAAAUAGUUAAUUUUGCAACUGGAAUUUACGGGAUAUGAGAUAUUUAGGCCAAAAAUUAAUGGGAUCUGAGAUACUCAAACCCCCUCUCUAAUGGGACCUCGUAUAAACAAUGUAGCCCCCAUUUAGCGCGAAAAUAUGCGCGGAUAUUUGCCCGCGGACAUUGUCUGUUCCUAGAAGCGAAUAGUUUUUCAAAGCAAAGCUUGAGGAAAACUGUGAGCUUCGAGGAACAGUCGAACAAAGAAAGUUCAAGGACAAACAUCCGAGAAUAUUUUUAAAGUCAAAUGGAGGCUAUAAAUUGUGUUUAUUGUCCUUCAAAUGUCUUUCGUAACACGCGGGAUCUUUUGAAAAUUGGGGAAUAUCACUCGGAUAUUCCCCAACAUUCAGUCAUGUGACGCGUUUAGAUCAAUUGCGUGCGAGCGAUAUUCGACAGAUAUUCUCUCCCCAGCGCUACUCGUUUUCGAAUCGAAACGAAGGCUCCGAGGAAGACUUUGUCGAGAAGAGUAAAGUACCUGCGCCAGUUAAACAGGGUCAAAUUCAAGUAAAUUCCUACUUGUCUGGUACCUAAUAAUUAGCGAAGUAAGAUUGAAAUUCUUUUCUUCAAAUUAAUUUUGCGUCAACAGCAAGAUGGUGAUUUUGUAAUAAGGUCAUGGAAUGGGAGAUUCGAGAUUGCAAGUGCAAGUGUAAACUUCUCGCUCUCAAAAUGCCAUUCUCAAGAUGAAGUAAAUUUUAUUACAAUGGAUUACUACUGUGAUUUAGCUUUUGGUCGAAAAUACCCCCCACUAGCGUCCAGAAAUGGACUCGCCUNCCCCC